ACUGAAUUCCACAUCGGCUCUCCGUGGCCUGGAAAUGUCAAGUUGCAUCUUCCCAGCUCGCCUCCUCUCCCCGCCGGCCCCGUGCCGAGCUGGGGAGGCCCCCGGUGACCCGUCCCCACGGCCGGCCAGCGCGGUGGGGGCACAGCAGGGCUCUUUCGGGGGGUUCCCAGCUUGGGGGUCCCCGUUUCCUGAGCGUUUCUCCUUCCCCGCAGCCGUGGAGACGCAGAGCACCAGCUCGGAGGAGAUCGUGCCCAGCCCGCCCUCGCCGCCGCCCCUGCCGCGCAUCUACAAGCCCUGCUUCGUCUGCCAGGACAAGUCCUCGGGGUACCACUACGGCGUGAGCGCCUGCGAGGGCUGCAAGGGCUUCUUCCGCCGCAGCAUCCAGAAGAACAUGGUGUACACGUGCCACCGGGACAAGAACUGCAUCAUCAACAAGGUGACGCGCAACCGGUGCCAGUACUGCCGCCUGCAGAAGUGCUUCGAAGUCGGCAUGUCCAAGGAGUCCGUCCGCAACGACAGGAACAAGAAGAAGAAGGACGUGCCCAAGGCGGAGUGCUCGGAGAGCUACAUCAUCACCCCCGAGGUGGAGGAGCUCGUCGAGAAGGUGCGCAAAGCCCACCAGGAGACCUUCCCCGCCCUCUGCCAGCUCGGCAAAUACACUACGGUGAGUGCCGGCGUGCGGGGUC